CCGAAAUAGAAACUUCGUCGCCUCGUCGCGUUGUGCGACACACGAUUUCAGUAGCAAAUCAGCCAGCCAAGCCCGAAGCUCACUAGAGUCGCUCUCGUCUGGAUUUAAAUUUAUAAAAUUUAAAAGUUCUUGUUCUAAACAAAGCAACAUGACCAUCAAGUCGAUCAAAGCACGUCAAAUCUACGAUUCUCGUGGUAACCCCACCGUCGAGGUCGAUUUGACCACUGAGUUGGGUCUGUUCCGGGCAGCCGUUCCCUCUGGCGCCUCGACUGGCGUGCAUGAGGCUCUGGAGCUGCGCGAUAACGACAAGGCCAAUUACCAUGGCAAGUCUGUGCUGCAGGCUGUCGGCCAUGUGAACAACACUCUUGGCCCUGAGCUGAUCAAGGCCAAUCUGGAUGUGACCGAUCAGGCUGCCAUUGAUAAUUUCAUGAUCAAGCUGGAUGGUACCGAGAACAAGAACAAGUUUGGUGCCAACGCCAUUUUGGGUGUCUCUUUGGCCGUGGCCAAGGCUGGUGCUGCCAAGAAGAACGUGCCCCUGUACAGGCAUCUCGCUGAUUUGGCUGGCAACAAGGAAAUCAUUUUGCCUGUGCCUGCCUUUAACGUCAUCAAUGGCGGUAGCCAUGCUGGCAACAAGCUGGCUAUGCAGGAGUUCAUGAUCCUGCCAACUGGCGCCACCAGCUUCACUGAGGCCAUGAAAAUGGGCUCUGAGGUGUACCAUCACUUGAAGAAUGUUAUCAAGGCCAAGUUCGGCUUGGAUGCUACCGCAGUGGGUGAUGAGGGUGGUUUCGCACCCAAUAUUCAGUCCAACAAGGAGGCUCUGUGCCUCAUCAACGACGCCAUUGCCAAGGCUGGCUAUACUGGCAAGAUCGAGAUCGGCAUGGAUGUUGCCGCAUCUGAGUUCUUCAGGGAUGGACUCUACGAUUUGGACUUCAAGAAUCCCCAGAGUGAUAAGGCACAGUGGCUGUCGCCCGAAAAAUUGGCUAACUUGUAUCAGGAGUUCAUCAAGGACUUUCCCAUUGUGUCCAUUGAGGAUCCCUUCGAUCAGGAUCAUUGGGAUGCAUGGACCAAUCUGACUGCCAACACCAAAAUUCAGAUUGUCGGUGAUGAUUUGACUGUCACAAACCCUAAGCGCAUUGCCACUGCUGUCGAGAAGAAAGCCUGCAACUGUCUGCUGCUUAAGGUCAACCAGAUCGGUACAGUGACGGAGUCCAUUCAAGCUCAUUUGCUGGCCAAGAAGAAUGGCUGGGGCACCAUGGUGUCUCACCGUUCCGGUGAAACCGAGGACUCUUUCAUCGGUGACCUGGUCGUUGGUCUUUCCACCGGUCAGAUCAAAACUGGCGCUCCAUGCCGCUCGGAGCGUCUAGCCAAGUACAACCAAAUACUGCGUAUUGAGGAGGAGAUUGGCCAGGGCGUUAAGUUCGCUGGCAAGAACUUCAGGAAACCACAGUAAAUCUCGCUUCUUAUAAAUUCCAAUAAAACACCAAGCACCCACUCGAAUGAACAAAUACCAAAGCAGAAAGCGCAAACGCAAACUCAGGCGCAAGCGCCCAAGUAAAAGGUGUCCAUUUGGUGUAGAUUUGUGUCUGGCGCACAAUACAAACCGAUUUAUUAUGCCCCAAAAUUGCAUCGUUAUUUAAACAAAAUUACAUAUAUUUACUGUUAUCAGUACUAUGAUACACACACUAUUUAUAUACACGUAUGUUUGGGUUACGCGAAGAUAUUUAACCAGAUGUACGGCGCUUUUAGCAACAUUAUCAGUGUGAAAAUUAAAUAAAGAUUGACCUCUCAACUCCCUUAUAUUAUUGUAACUGGUUCGCAAUGUUAAGCAUUGAUUGUGCAACUUUAUGUAAAGCAGCGCAUAAAUUUCUAGAAGCAGACAUAUAAUACAUUUUAUUCAAGUGUUAGUAGAUGUGAAAUAAAUAUUGUUGAAAAUAUA